UCUAGAUUAGUUGGUGUCUUGUAUAACCAAAUGCCUUCAAUUCGUGAAGCCUUUGCAGCUACUCCUUCGGAAGGAAAUCGUGUUUUAGCCAUCGAUUUCGAUUCAGUUAACGACGAUGUUCCUGAUACACAUACAUGGCUUAUUACUAAUCCAGGGGUGUAUAAUAUCACUGAUGAGCGUAUCAUAGCAUCAACAACAAUACCUGUAAUCGAUCUCAACAACCCUAACGUGGUGAAAGACUUAGAUUAUGCAUGUGAAAAUUGGUAUGCCUAUCAAGUUAUCAACCAUGGUGUUCCCCGAGACGUAAUCAAGAACCUUGAGCUACAUUGCAACCGUUUAUUUACUCUUGAAAUGAAGAAAAAGUUAAGAGCGGCAAGAGCAGCAAAUGGCAUCACUGGUUAUGGUUCAGCGCAUAUAUCUUGGUUCGAAUGUUUUGGGAUGAUUGGCUCACCUGCUGAAUAUUGUAAGAAAAUCUGGCCUGAUCAAGAAGAUCAAUGCUCCGAAUUCUGUGAUGCGAUGGAAGAAUAUCAAAAAGAAAUGCACAAGUUAUGCGCUAAGUUGAUGAAGAUGGUAAUAAAUUCAUUAGGUAUACAAAGUGAUGAUACUGAUGGAUUCAUAGGCAACCUAAUGAAGAAUACAAGUCCGCAAAAUCUGCUCCAGCUUAACUCUUACCCGGUUUUCCCUGAGCCAUCAUCCAAAGCCAUGGGCUUGGAUGCACAUGCCGAUUCAUCUUUUUUUACUGUGUUGCACCAAACUCGACCAGGUCUUCAAAUCUACAAGGACGGGUUAGGAUGGGUUGAGGUACCACAUAUUGAAAAUGCGCUGGUUAUUUUUAUGGGCGAUCUCACGACCAUCCUAUCUAAUGGACGAUAUCAAAGUAGCAUCCACCGUGCUGUCGUGAGUCAGAUAUAUCAUCGUUAUUCUGUCCCUUUUUUCUAUGGUCCGCCAGGAGAUGUUGAAAUUUCACCAAUCCUCGAGUCGACUGGAAAAUCUCCAAUGUAUCGUUCUGUGACCUGGCACGAAUUCCAUCUCAUCAAAGCAAAAUAUUUCGACAAAGCUCUUGAAAGUAUUCGUAUUGUAUCGUAGCUAUAAAUUAAAUUAGAAAUAAUUCAUGUUUCAAGUAAGGAAGAUAUAUAUAAUAUAAACUAGUGCGCAUUGGCCAUGCGCAAGGUUGUAAUGGA